AUGAAUCGAAUUUGUGAAGGGAUCAAGUGUUCGAGGCAAACAAUACCCCGACCCACGAAAUCUAAGUAUUACCUAAUAAGCCAUCUAUGUAUCACCAAUAACAGGAUGGCCGAUGGAGGCGUUGAUGGACACAGGAAUGAGCCGGGAACCUCAAGAAUCGAGCAAUCGCCGAUAAAAACCACCGUUCACAUGUCUAAAGAGGAAUGUGCCGCGUUGGCGACAAAUCUCUUUCUUCCAAUCGGCGAUCAUCAGGUACCCGUCAUUUUUCAUUCAGAAUACGACGUGAAAUUCUUCGGAAUCGAGAAAUAUCACGUUUUCGACGCGUCAAAAUGGGGAAAAGUUUUUCAAAGAUUGAAAGAGAUUCAACUGUUGAGUGAUCAUUCGGUGGUAGAGCCGAGAGAAGCGAAAAAGCGAGAUCUUCGAAUUGUGCACACAGCUGCUUACCUGAACAGUUUGCAAUGCUCAUGUGAAGUGGCUAAGAUUGUCGAAAUGCCGAUUGUUGCAAUGAUUCCGUGUUGUUUGUUGGAUCGAUAUCUCUUGAAAAGAAUGCGUUUCCACGUCGGGGGAACGGUGGCGGCGUGUCGUUUGGCGCUCAUCAAGAAUUGGGCAAUUAAUAUCGGAGGAGGAUUUCAUCAUGCAUCUUCAUCAAGGGGCGGUGGUUUCUGUAUCUAUGCGGACAUUUCCCUUGCAGUGAAGAUGUUAUUUUUAUUGAAUCUCGUGAAUAAAGUCAUCAUUUUGGAUGUUGAUGCACAUCAGGGAAAUGGUCAUGAGAGGGAUUUCCUUGACGAUCCACGAGUGUUUAUUGUUGAUGUCUAUAAUCCGGAUAUUUAUCCGCAUGAUGUGGAGGCGAAAAAUGCGAUCAGUCGAGGUGUCGAGAUGAGAAGUCGGACUGGAGAUAUUGCUUAUCUUAGCAUGCUAGAGACAUCGAUGGACACGGUUUUCGGUGAAUUCUCAGCCGAUCUCAUCGUUUACAAUGCUGGCACGGAUAGUUUGAUGGGCGAUCCGUUGGGAAGAUUGGAUCUCACUCCACAUGGAAUCGUCGCUCGAGAUGAGCUCGUUUUUCGGCUCGCACAAGAGCACUCAAUUCCAAUCGCAAUGGUUACCUCAGGCGGAUAUCAGCAAGACAAUUGGAAAGUGAUCGCCGAUUCGAUCAAGAAUCUUCAUGAGAAGAAAUUGAUCUAUUUACAUCCA